GAAUUCCACACUCAUUCCCAAACCAACCUUUGGAGAGUUCUACAUUGUCGGCAUACGAACAUAUCAUUGCGAGCAUGACUACGUCCAUUCCUGGAAUACUUUUCUUUAUAAGACCUUGGUGUCCAGAAGGUAACAAUGAACGAAGGGGUGAGAGACCUUCGCCUUCUGGAGAUCUUGGCCCUCCCACGAUCUGGAAGGAGCACGGACGGAGGGGUGAGAGACCUUCGUCCUCUGGAGACAUCAGCCCUUCCACCAUCAGGGAGAAGCACGGACAAAGAGGUGAGAGAUCUUUGUCUCGUGAAGACACCAACCCCUCUACCAUCAGGGAGAAGCACGGACAAAGAGGUGAGAGAUCUUUGUCUCGUGAAGACACCAACCCCUCUACCAUCAGGGAGAAGCACGGACAAAGAGGUGAGAGAUCUUUGUCUCGUGAAGACACCAACCCCUCUACCAUCAGGGAGAAGCACGGACAAAGAGGUGAGAGAUCUUUGUCUCGUGAAGACACCAACCCCUCUACCAUCAGGGAGAAGCACAGACGAAGGGGUGAGAGACCUCCGUCCUGUGAAGACACCUACACUUUUACAAUCAUCGGGGCACAGAGACAAAGGGGUGAGAGCCCUUCGUCUUCUGACGAUGAUGAGUAUUCUACCACCUUGAAAAAUUCCCAACGAAGGGGUGAGAGCCCUUCGUCUUCAGACGAUGAACCUUCUACUACCUCUAUGAAUCGCAGACGAAGGGGUGAGAGCCCUUCGUCUUCAGACGAUGAACCUUCUACUACCUCUAUGAAUUCCAGACGAAGGGGUGAGAGCCCUUCAUCUUCUGACGAUGACGAGUAUUCUACCACCUCGAAGAAUUCCCGACGAAGGGAUGAGAGCCCUUCAUCAUCUAAAGAGAGACCUUUAUCUUCUGAUUCUGAUGACUCUUACUGUGUCUUCAAGGAUCCCGCAUACAUUCGCGUGUGGGAAGAAGAAGACAAGGUAAAGCGGAGGAGGAUGCUCCGUGAUUUUAUCUUUGAAUGGGGCAGAAAACAAAGUGAGAGAGAAAGACGCAAACGUGAAAAGAAAGUGUCUUCUGAACAUCUGAAACUGGAGCAAAAGGAACAUGGCAGUUGGAUGGAGAAGCAAGAGUGGGCCAGGAGGAGCGGAGAGGAAAUGAACAAACAAACAAGGAAUGAAGAAGAAGAGGGGCAAAAGGUGGAGGGGAGAAAAGAGACAUUGGAUUGGAAGGAGACAGAAAGAGAGAAGAAGCAGAAGGUGGAAAGACAGAAAAGAGAUAAGAAAGAAAUGGAGAGACGAGAGAAAGAGGAAGAGAAAAGAAAGAAGUGGGAGAGGAAGGAGAGAGACAGACAGGAGAAGGAGGAGAUAGAAAGAGAGAAAAGAGCAAUGAAAGAGAAAGCGAGACAGGAGAAGAUUGAAUGGAGGACAGAGAAAAACAAAGAGCAAGAACUACAAAGAAGAGAGAAAGAGGAGAGAGAUAGACAAAAGAAAGAAGAGAGAGAAAGGCAGAAGAUGGAGAAAAAGGAGAGAGAAAGACAAAAGAAAGAAGAGAAAGAGAGGCAGAACAGAGAGAAAAAGGAGAAGGAAGGAGAGGAGGAUCACAAGGAGAGAAGAAGUCUGCUUUCAAGACUUUGCAGUUGGUGGACCAAGACCAGGGCAACCAGAGUGGAAAAUAUUUCCAUCAGGAUCGAUGAGAAUGAGCAGCCCACUGAACUUGAUGAGCAGUUUGUUGAAAUUGAUGAGAACUUCAUUGAACUUGAUGAGCAGUUCAUUGAAAUUGAUGAGAACUUCACUGAAAAUGAUGGUAAGAGAGUCAGCUUAUAUUCUUUUACAGAACAUUUCGUAGAAACAUGCAUUUAA